AUGUCAACCCCCUCGAUUCCUCAAUUCCCCAGUCCAUUCUCUCCUUUCUCUUCCGGAUCGCAGUCGACGGGGAUGGCGCCGUCUCAGACUGUCGGGUUGGAUACGCUCGCCGAGGGCUCGCAGUACGUCUUGGAACAAUUGCAGCUGUCGCGAGACGCUGCGGGAACUGGUGCCGGCGACGGCGCGACCUCCACUUCCUUGCGAAAUUCCCUGUCGCAUGCGAAAGAUCAACCACUUUUCGACGACGAGAGAAACCAGAGCGCUGGUUCCGGUUUCAAGAACACUCUGCAAAGAGAUCCCCUCGUGGAGGCUCGCUCUGCCAUUCGCAAAAACUCCUCGUCGGCUCCAGUCCGCCGCCGAAUCAGCCGUGCGUGUGACCAGUGUAACCAACUCCGAACGAAAUGCGACGGGCAGCAUCCGUGCGCUCAUUGCAUUGAAUUUGGAUUGACCUGCGAGUAUGCGCGAGAACGCAAGAAGCGCGGCAAAGCGUCGAAGAAGGACCUGGCAGCGGCAGCGGCGGCGGCCACUCAUGGGUCAAAUGGUCAUUCAGGGCAGGCCAACGCGUCGCUGAUGGCUGAGCGGACGUCUGAAGACAGCCGGCCAGCGCAAGAUGUCAACGGUCGAUACGACUCGACCUUUGAGAGCCACCAUAUCAGCUCGCAGCCCUCGCAUAUGCAGCAUGCGAACAAUGCCGGUAUAUCCGGUCUGCAUGACUCCCAGACGGCGCCGUCGCAUUCGCAGCCAUCGCUAGGAACGACCAUCGAUGCGAUGCAUUUAAGCCAUUUUAAUACGCUGAAUGAUUCUGGUCGCCCGGCCAUGUCCAUGUCCGACCUUCGAUCGUUACCCCCGUCCGCCUUACCACCUCAAGGCCUGAGUUCCGGGUACAACGCGAGCGCAUUCGCUUUAGUCAAUCCGCAGGAACCGGGCUCACCAGCUAACCAGUUUCGCUUGGGAAGCUCAGCGGAAAACCCAACCGCACCGUUCCUCGGUCUCUCGCCUCCAGGGCAAUCGCCUGGAUGGCUCCCUCUUCCUUCGCCAUCUCCUGCCAACUUUCCUUCUUUCAGCCUGCAUCCGUUUUCCAGCACUUUACGAUACCCUGUUUUGCAGCCGGUUCUGCCACAUAUCGCCUCCAUUAUUCCGCAGUCACUAGCGUGUGACCUUUUGGAUGUUUACUUUCAUAGCUCCUCCCCUUCCCAUCUGUCUCCGUCGUCCCCAUACGUUGUGGGCUACAUCUUCCGCAAACAGUCUUUCCUUCACCCGACGAAACCCCGAAUAUGCAGUGCCGGUCUCCUGGCGAGUAUGCUCUGGGUAGCCGCGCAGACCAGUGAAGCCCCUUUCUUGACAUCGCCGCCCUCGGCUCGGGGCCGUGUAUGCCAGAAACUGCUGGAAUUGACGAUCGGUUUGCUCCGACCGUUGGUUCAUGGCCCUGCUACCGGCGAAGCGUCCCCCAACUAUGCGGCGAACAUGGUUAUUAAUGGCGUCGCUCUGGGCGGAUUCGGAGUUUCCAUGGAUCAGCUGGGCGCGCAAAGUAGCGCCACCGGGGCCGUGGAUGAUGUGGCGACCUAUGUGCAUCUUGCGACGGUGGUGUCCGCCAGCGAGUACAAGGCGGCCAGCAUGCGCUGGUGGACUGCGGCGUGGUCUCUAGCGCGCGAGCUGAAGCUAGGCCGUGAGCUGCCACCCAAUGUCUCUCACGCACGACAAGAUGGAGAGCGAGAUGGGGAUGGUGAGGCAGAUAGGCGGCAUCCUCCAACUCUUAUUACAUCGCUAGGCCAUGGACCGGGAAGCUCCGGCAUCAAUGUCACCGAAGAGGAGCGGGAAGAGCGCCGGCGCCUGUGGUGGCUCUUAUAUGCGACAGAUCGGCACCUGGCGCUGUGUUACAAUCGCCCCCUCACGCUGCUGGACAAGGAAUGUGGCGGGCUGUUGCAGCCGAUGAACGAUGAUCUGUGGCAGGUCGGCGACUUUGCGGCGGCUGCCUACCGCCAGGUCGGACCACCCGUCGAGUGCACGGGUCACAGCAUGUAUGGAUACUUCCUGCCGCUGAUGACGAUUCUUGGAGGGAUCGUCGAUCUGCACCACGCCGAGAACCAUCCGCGCUUUGGCCUGGCGUUUCGCAAUAGUCCGGAAUGGGAGCGUCAGGUCCAGGACGUUACGCGGCAGCUGGACACAUACGGGCGCAGCUUGAAAGAGUUCGAGGCUCGCUACACCAGCAACCUGACUCUGGGAACUGCAGAUAAUGAACCUGCCGUGGAAGGUGCCCAUUUGGACCACACGAGUCCUUCAGGCCGUUCCAGUAGCACCGUGGGAUCACGGGUGAGCGGGUCCAUCAUGCACACGAGGAUGGUCGUCGCCUACGGGACGCAUAUCAUGCAUGUCCUGCAUAUUCUGCUCGCGGGCAAGUGGGACCCAGUCAACUUGUUGGAAGACCACGAUCUGUGGAUCUCCUCGGAGUCGUUUGUGUCGGCCAUGAGCCACGCGGUCGGUGCGGCGGAAGCAGCAGCAGAAAUUUUGGAACAUGAUCCAGAUCUCAGCUUCAUGCCGUUCUUCUUCGGGAUUUACCUGCUACAAGGCAGCUUCUUGCUGCUACUGGCGGCGGACAAGCUGCAGGGCGAUGCCAGUCCAAGUGUUGUGCGGGCAUGCGAGACGAUCGUGCGGGCGCAUGAGGCGUGCGUUGUGACCUUGAACACAGAGUACCAGCGAACAUUCCGCAAGGUCAUGCGAUCGGCGCUGGCGCAGGUUCGAGGACGCAUCCCGGAGGACUUUGGCGAGCAGCAGCAGCGCCGACGCGAAGUGCUUGCGCUAUACCGCUGGAGCGGCGACGGCAGUGGGCUAGCACUGUAG